AUGAAGUUGCCUGAUGCUUCAAAGUCUAUCGUCGACAUGGGAAUCGGGCUCAAGGAAUGCGGAGAGAAAUGCCUCGGAAACUGCAAAUGUAGAGCAUAUGCAAACGCGAAUAUGCAAAAAGGCGGCUCAGGCUGUGUUAUUUGGGUCGGAGAGCUCCUCGAUCUCCGCAAGAACAACUUUGCCGGCCAAGAUCUCUUCGUUAGAAACAAGAUCCCACCGACUCCAAGUGCCACUACUGAAGCAGCAGCACCCAUCGGCGCUUUCCAAUGUGCGCCCAUGGAGCUAGUUAAGAUUGCCUCUGCCACCGGAAACUUUUCUGAUUCCAACAAGAUCGGGCGAGGAGGUUUCGGUAUCGUCUACAAGGGGACGUUACUUGACGGGCAAGUAAUCGCAGCUAAAAGGCUGUCCAAAAGGUCUGAUCAAGGGAUCGAAGGUUUCACCAACGAGGUGAAGAUGAUCGCUAGCGUCCAGCACAGAAAUCUUGUCCAGCUUUGA